GAAGGUUCAAGACCGCAGUAUCAUACAAACUCAGAUAACUAAAGCUCAACGAAAGGAACAGCAAUUCCUAAAAUGUCUGACGGCAGUGUGCUGCACAUAAAACAGGAGUUGGACAUAAGCACCUCAUGUUGCAGUCCGACCACCUCCACCACAUUCGGUGUAAAUCGGUCGAAUUCGUAUUCGAAUGGAACCAGCGGUAGUACAAGCAGCACCAGCAGUGGUAGCGUCGUAAGUGGAGGUGGCACAGGUGCGAACACUUCCACCAGUGGCAAUAAAUCAUCACCUUCUGUGUCCCCAGAGCGACAGCUGUGUAGCUCAACGACUACGCUAACGCCUGAUUUGCAGAGGGUCGCCUUUACUAGCUGCGAAACAAGUACUUCAACUCCCUUAAAAGGCAGCGAAUGUAAUGGCAGCAACAGCAAUUCUCUAGCUAACAGCAGUAACACCAUUAGUGGCGGUGGAGCUACAACUGGCGGCUCAAUACGCGACGAAUUGCGUCGUCUUUGCUUGGUAUGCGGUGAUGUUGCAUCAGGAUUCCAUUAUGGAGUCGCUAGUUGUGAGGCCUGCAAGGCGUUUUUUAAACGCACCAUACAGGGAAACAUAGAGUACACAUGUCCCGCUAACAAUGAAUGUGAGAUUAAUAAGCGUAGACGCAAGGCAUGUCAAGCGUGUCGUUUCCAAAAAUGUUUACUUAUGGGCAUGUUGAAGGAAGGUGUGCGACUGGAUCGCGUGCGUGGUGGUCGACAGAAGUAUCGACGUAAUCCCAUAUCAAACUCUUACCAAACAAUGCAGCUCCUUUACCAAUCCAAUAGUACCUCAUUAGAAGAUAUCAAAAUACUAGAGAUUCUAAACGCAUACGAGCCGGACGCACUUACGGUACAACAGCAACUAGAACAGCCGCACACAACUACCGAUGGCAGCAGCCAUGCAAGCAUCACAAAAGUCACGCAGAGUAGUACAAUUAAGCUGGAGCAAAAUAAUUGCAAUAGUGGUGGCAGCAAUAGUAGCCACAGCGAGAUAAUAUCUUCCAGCAUGACAACAUCCACCCUACAGCCAACAUGCAUAUUUCAAAACAACAAUUGCGACGCAGACGAAAUUCUCUCCGUGCUCAGUGAUCUAUAUGAUAAGGAACUGGUAAGCGUAAUUGGCUGGGCUAAGCAGUUGCCCGGCUUCACUGAGUUGCCCCUCAACGACCAAAUGAAGCUUUUGCAAGUAUCCUGGGCGGAAAUACUAACAUUGCAGCUUAGUUUCCGUUCCGUGCCAUUUAAUGGUCGCCUAUGUUUUGCCACCGAUGUAUGGAUGGACGAAUCGCUAGCUAAGGAGUGUGGCUACGCUGAAUUUUACUAUCACUGUGUGCAAAUUGCUCAGCGUUUGGAACGUUUGUCACCGCGACGGGAAGAAUAUUAUCUUCUGAAAGCAUUGAUUUUAUCAAAUUGUGAUAUUUUGCUAGAUGACCAAAGUUCAUUGCGAGCAUUUCGUGACACGAUCCUUAAUUCACUAAACGAUGUUGUGUGCUUAUUGCGUUACGGAUCCGCUGUCUCACAUCAGCAACAAUUACUCUUGCUGCUGCCUGCGUUACGACAGGCUGACGGUAUAUUACGUCGCUUCUGGCGAGACAUAUGCCAUGGGGGUAAAAUAACAGUAAAAAAAUUAUUUGUAGAGAUGCUUGAACCGGUGUCCAGGUGAGAACGCAUUUGUGCGAGUCGCAAGACGUGAAAGUUCCUGUAAAUAAGUACACAUAAUUCUCAUGCGCAAUUGGAAAGCAAUGUGGUGUGAUCAAAGCACAAAUAAGUAAAAACAGAAACUCAAUAUAUGUAUGUAUGUAGCUAUAGCGAAAAAAAUAUACAUAGUUCAAUUAUUUUAAUAUCUGCAACGGUGGCGGUGAUUGUGGAAUAAAGGACAUUUGGGGCUUGCAAUGGUUUUAAGUAUUUUAAUGGGCCGUAUAAAUAAAAACUGAGCAAUUGCUUUUUUAAUUUCAGAUCUUUUUCUCGAUUUAUUAAAAAAAUUUAUGUUAAAGGUCUGGAAUUUUAAGAAAAAGAGAUUGCUUAGUUUUGUACAUACGGCACAAUAUGUACAUACAUAUGUAUAUCGAAUUUGAUACUAACUAUAAACUUUGUUUACGAAUUCGGAUUUGAAAUAGUACAUGAAAUAUUAAAUUAAAUUACAGUAAUGUAAUGAACUCAAAAAUUUCGAAUUUUUUUUUUAAUUGCCGUUCGCAUUUGAAAUUGAAUUCCAAAACUUGCGAACAGUAACGUUCUAAUUCAAAGAAAUACAAUCAAUGGAAAUUUGUUAUUAUAAACAUGUUUGUUACAUUUAAGAUUUAAUGUAACUAUUCAAUAUCAGGCAGCAUACUACUUAGUACAAUUGUGUUUAAGUAAAGAAAAAUUAGUGAUUAGUAUAAGUACUAGCAUACAUUGCAUAAACGAAUAUCUGUAAUAGUUAAACACUUUAAGUGAACUUUUUUUGUUAUAAUAUAUUAGAAAUUUGUUUGAAAAAAUAGAGAAUAUGCCACUGUUUCAUUUUAAAUUUUUUAUGCUUGUUAUUAUGUAGUAUUGCUAUAUGAAAUUCAACACAAGUGAAAUGCAUUUCUUCAUGGAUAUACAAAUAAUCUUACUUUGAUUUAUGUAUAACGAAAUCAUGCUAUCGCAUUUUCUAAAAUUUGUACAAUUGCACACACUUUUCAAAAGAGGCACAACUCAAAAAUCAAGUACGGAAAUAUAACUGCUUGUGUAUCAUACGGAUUCAAGGAAAUCAAUACAAAAAUAGUUAUAGCAGUAGUUUUCUAGUUUGAGGAAAUAAUAAAGAAAAAAUGAUAUGCAUUAAUUGGAGAUAAAUUCUACGAAUUAAUUUAUGCAAAAAAAUUUAUAAAUUUUUUUUUUGAGUUAUGCUUCUUUCGAAGAGGGUAUGCGAUAUAUAUGCAUGUAUAUGGGAUAAAAUGCCAUACCUGCAUUAGAAUUUGUUGAUG